UCAGAAGGAGCGGUCCUAAAUCUCUCACAUGUACCACUGUAUGCAUGCCUGAGGUGAAGCAGUUUGAGAAAGAAAACAGCACAUUUUUUUAUAUAUAUAUAAUUUUCAUUGCACUUGGCCUCCGAAUAUUUGUUUUGUACAGGAUGAGCUCCCAGAUCACGUGUGUUGGGUGGGUGAAACGUGGCGUCGCCAAAGAAACCCCCGACAAGGUGGAGUUGAGUCAAGAGGAGCUUCAGCGCAUCAUUACCGAAGCCAGAGAAGAUCUAGGGGACGUGGAAGGAGAGGAUGAAGAGGAGGACGAGGGAAUACCACGUGAUGACGAUCCUUCUAACGUAACAGCAGAUGAUGAUGAUGACGACGACUUGGGUCCAAAGGAUGAUGAUGAGGAAGAUGAUGAGCUGGCAGAAUAUGGCUUGGACAAGUAUGAUGAAGAGGAUACAGCUGCGUCUAACCUUGGCGACAGUCUGGCCGGGCUCACCGUGUUCAGCUCCAAUGACGAGGAUCCCUACAUCACCAUCAAAGACACGGACCAUUAUGAGCGAGAAGACUUCCAAAUCAAACCCACAGACAACCUCAUCCUGUCUGGCAAAGCGGAGAAGGACUGCUGCAAUUUAGAGAUCUAUAUUUAUAACUCCGAGGAGGACUCUAUGUAUGUUCAUCAUGACAUCCUGCUGCCAGCGUAUCCCCUUUGCGUGGAAUGGCUGGACUUUGAUCCCAACCCACAGGAGGGACCAGCUAACUACGUCGCUGUGGGCAACAUGACUCCUCAGAUAGAUGUGUGGGAUCUGGAUGUGGUGGACUGUCUGGAGCCGGUCUUCUCCCUCGGCAGCAAAAAGGCCUGCAAGAAGAAAAAGAAAAGCAAAAAGGGUGCAGCAGCGGAGACGGUGGAGGGACACACCGAUGCCGUGUUGGAUUUAUCCUGGAACAAGCUGGUCAGGAACGUGUUGGCCAGCGGCUCUGCAGACAACACAGUCAUCCUGUGGGAUCUGACUCAAGGCAAGCCAGCCACCACUCUGCGGAAGCAUAAAGAUAAGGUCCAGACGUUAAGAUUUCAUCCCUUUGAGGCUCAGACUUUGAUAUCUGGAUCAUAUGACAAGACAGCCGUCCUUUAUGACUGCCGGAGUCCAGACAGCAGCAAUAGGACCUGGAGGUUUAGUGGCCAAGUGGAGCGUCUAGUCUGGAAUCAUUUUUCACCCUUCGACUUCCUGGCCAGCACAGAAGACGGCUUUGUUUACUGUCUGGAUGCCCGCACGGAUAAACCGGUGUUCACACUAAAGGCGCACGACGAAGAAGUGUCAGGUUUGGACCUCAGCAGCCAGAUCAAAGGAUGUCUCGUCACCUCAUCUGCUGACAAGCAUGUAAAGAUCUGGGACAUUUUAGGCAACAAACCCAGCCUGGUGCAUUCUCGGGAUAUGAAAAUGGGAGUGCUGUUCUGCGCUUCAUGUUGCCCUGAUCUGCCCUUCGUCUACGCCUUCGGGGGACAGAGGGAUGGCUUGCGUGUUUGGGACAUAAGUGACGUCGCAGCAGUGACCGAGGUGUUCGGGAGCCGCGAGCGCUUGACGGUGUUCCCUGGAAGUCAGGCCUCUGCGUCGGCAGACAUGGAAGUCUCCUAGUGGUCUUUUGGAUACAGCAGCCCAGGCUGUUAACAUAAAUAAGCUGAGUUACCAUGGAACCCCAGCAAGCUUCCCUGCUGUGCCUUGCUAUGAGGAGGACAGAGCUGGAUAAAGCUGAACUCACUGGGUCUAAAAAAGGCUAACCAACAUGCUUGCAAAGACGUCUAAAAAUGAUUUGGUGAAGGCAGAGAUGAUAUUUUUAUAACUGAGCUAAAAUAGUAAAAAAUGUUCUCAGAUCUCUGUCAGUUUGCCAACAUCUUUACAUUAUAUAAUGGACUACUAAAAGCAGUAGAACUGAUUUACCUGUUAUAACAAAUAUAUAAAUCUAUUGUUACCAAAUUUGUA